AUGGCAAACUCGAUAUCAGCACGGCAACUGAUUUCCUUCACUCUCCUCCUCACAUUGCACUCUUACUUCUCACACACCACAGACCAACCACAAUGCAUGACCAUGUGCUCCGAAUGUGAAAACCCAUGCCAGCCCCCGCCAACUCCAUCACCACCUCCGCCGGAGCUGAUAUGCCCGCCGCCUCCGCCUCCCCCUUCGCCGCCUCCGCCACCUGCGCUCCCUGAAUGUCCACCACCACCGGCUCCAGUUAAGCCGUGCCACGAGUGCCCGUUGCCUGUACCGCCACCACCACCACCCUCAUGCGACAAGUGUGAAGGAGUACCGGGAUCACCGGAGACGAGGUUUCCGCCCGAUGUGGUGGGCGGAGAAGUUUAUGGGCCGCCGAAUAAUUACUUUCCGGAUUAUAACAGGAAGUCUCCGCCUUAUUUUGCGGCUUCUAGCUCCGUACCGUUUUCGGCAAGUAAGUACCUCUGUUAG